UGUUACAAUUCAACCAAGGAGAGUGUCACAAGAUAUGCUCGAGGGUUUAUUUGGGACAAUUAGAGAAAUAGGUGGUGAUUCUUUCACGCAAACGGUUCAAACUUAUGGAUACGCAAUUAACAAAUUAACAAUCACAAUGCAAAUGACAUCAGAAAUACGAAGCCUAAAUUAUGGUUUAGCCAAUAGCUCAGGUUGUGCUCUUGGUGAUUUGAAACAAAGAGAUUACCGAACAGCUCUACGAUUUAAUCAGAAGGAUUUAAAACUAUAUAAUCAUCAUGAAGCUCAAAUUAAAACGCUUUCUACUCUUAGCCAGAAAAUAUUUCAAGAACUCUUGGAUGAUAAUUUAUUGUUAUAUCAGAAUGGCGUAGAGGAUCUUCUGGUAACUUGGUCAAAAAAUAUUCAUCAAAUGGUGUUAGAUUCCGUUCUAUUAAAAAAAAAUGCCCAAUGGUUUGUAACAUGGUCAAUAAAUUUGGAAAGCCGAUUGAAUAAUUACAAAUGUGCAGGUGGCUGGUUUAAUGACUUUCAAUUGUUGGCUCUCGAUAAUAUUAAAGUAGAGACUAUACCUGAAAAAAUUAUUGAUUUGGAACCAGCUGAAGCAUCAAAAUUUCAGUAUAUUAUAGGUUGGACUAUCUAUAAACUAACAAAAAGUGACACAUCAAUAUUGGCAUAUAAAAAAUUUGCAAAGAUUAAAUCGUGUCUAGAUGCUCUCAGCUCUGAACAU